CAUUUUGCCAACGAGAGUGAACUCAUCGAUAAGCUUCUCACUCUUCUCUUCUCACUCACACCUUGAGACGGUGUUGCGUGAAGCUCUCCACUGCCUUCCUGUAGCCUUUCAUCUUCAGGGAACCACUUGGAUCUCCUCUAGAGUUUUGCUAUAGAGAUUGAUCAGCACCGUUCUCGCAUUUGAGACCACGUCAGUAGCCCAACGAUCUCAGUCGGCUGCUUCACGUUCGGCCGCCCGAUCACUCGUACGAACACCUCCGCCGCUAAAUUCGCUUCUCGCCGGCGAAAUCAAAUUUUUGCCUCUCAGAUUAAUAAUGCAUUAGCCAUUUCGGCCCAAUUUAUAUGGGCCUGAUUAUAUUAAUGGGCUUCACUUUGGCUAAAACAAAGCCGAGAGAGUCUUAAGUCUAAUCGGGAAACCUAAUCGUGAAAAGUCUCCGCUCGUCCGGCAUGAGAUUUUUGAAAUCGGCGGCGGCCGGUGAGCUAUUCCGACGUGAUGAGCUCGUACUAAGGCAGCUCUUGAACCCUCGUUUGUUUUCUAACCACGUCAAUCCAUUCUCUGAAAUCGAAACCAAAUUAAGAUCGGUAUGUGAGGAGGGUUCAACUCCUCAGAUUAAGAAUGCAGUUUCAGUUUUCCAGCAAGCAGUGAACUCCGGUGGCUCCCUCGUGUUCGCCGGAAAUAAUCUCAUGACAACGCUGGUACGCUCUAGAAACCACGAACUAGCGUUUUCCAUUCACCGCAAGAUGCUUGAGACUGAUACUUUCAUCAAUUUCGUGUCGCUGAGUGGGUUGCUUGAAUGUUUUGUGCAAAUGCAUAAGACCGGGUUUGCGUUCGGGGUUCUUGCGUUGAUGCUAAAGCGGGGGUUUGCUUUCAAUGUGUACAAUCUUAAUAUCAUCUUAAAGGGUUUAUGUAAGAAUCUGGAAUAUGGUAGAGCUGUUAGUUUACUUAGAGAAAUGAGAGGAAACUCUCUGAUGCCUGAUGUUGUUAGCUACAACACUGUUAUUAGAGGUCUCUGCGAGGGUAAAGAAUUGGAGAAAGGAUUGCAGUUAGCUAAUGAAAUGCAAGGCAGUGGCUGUUCAUGGAGUUUGGUGACUUGGGGGAUUCUGAUUAAUGCAUUUUGCAAGGCUGGUAAGAUGGAAGAGGCAAUAGGUUUGCUGGAAGAAAUGAAACGUAUGGGUUUAGAAGCAGAUCUUGUUGUGUAUACUUCACUGAUUCGAGGGUUCUGUGAUUGUGGUGAGUUAGAUAAAGGGAAGGCACUCUUCGAUGAGGUUCUGGAAAGAGGAGAUUCUCCCUGUGCGAUUACAUAUAACACUCUUAUUCGAGGUUUUUGUCAGUUAGGACAGUUGAAAGAAGCCUCACAGAUGUUUGAGUUUAUGAUGGAGCGUGGAGUUCGUCCAAAUGUUUACACUUACACUGGCCUUAUUGAUGGCCUUUGCGGAGUAGGUAAGACUAAGGAAGCCCUCCAACUUUUGAAUCUGAUGAUAGAGAAGGGUGAAGAACCUAAUGUUGUGACGUAUAACAUUAUUGUUAACAAGCUGUGCAAGGACAGCCUUGUGGCGGAUGCUUUAGAGAUUGUUGAGUUAAUGAAGAAGAGGCGUACAAGACCUGAUAACAUAACAUACAAUAGUUUACUGGUAGGACUCUGUGCCAAAGGUGACCUAGACGAAGCAAGUAAGCUUCUAUAUUUAAUGCUGAAAGAUAGUAAUUAUGCGGAUCCAGAUGUUGUAUCAUUCAAUGCACUAAUCCACGGGCUGUGCAAGGAAAACCGUUUCCAACAAGCUUUCGAUAUUUAUGAUUUGCUGGUUGAGAAAUUGGGUGCUGGAGAUAUAGUAACCACUAAUAUAUUGCUUAAUUUCACUUUCAAGUCUGGAGAUGUAAGUAAGGCAAUGGAACUUUGGAAACAGAUAUCUGAUUCCAAAAUUAUUCCGACCUCAGAUACCUAUACUACUAUGAUUGAUGGGCUUUGCAAAAGUGGCAUGCUUAAUAUCGCUAAAGGAUUGCUUUGCAAAAUGAGAGUGUCUAGGCUACAGCCUAGUGUUUUCGACUACAACUGUCUACUGUCAUCAUUAUGCAAAGAGGGAAGUUUAGACCAGGCAUGGAGAUUAUUUGAGGAGAUGCAGCGUGAUGAAAGUUUUCCAGACGUUGUUUCUUUCAAUAUUAUGAUUGAUGGAAGUCUUCAAGCAGGGGAUACUAUGUCUGCAGAAUCACUUCUUGUGGGGAUGUCUCAUGCUGGUCUUUCCCCUGACUUAUAUACUUAUUCGAAGUUGAUAAAUAGGUUCCUAAAACUUGGAUAUUUAGACGAAGCUAUCAGCUUCUUUGACAAAAUGGUUGAGAGCGGCUUUGAACCUGGUGCUCAUAUUUGCGAUUCUGUGUUGAAGUAUUGUAUUUCACAGGGAGAAACAGACGAGUUGAAGGAACUUGUAAAAAAACUGGUGGAGAAAGAUAUUGUCCUCGACAAAGAACUUACAUGUACGGUCAUGGAAUACAUGUGUGGCAGCUCAGCAAACAUGGAUCUUGCAAAACGGUUGCUAACAGGAGCAGAUGAUAAAGAGGAAGGGAAAAGUGGGGCACAUAACCAUGCUCAGUUGUGCUAACUUGAGGACUAUAAGGUUGGAGAAUGGUUUUGCAUUCGGAAUGCUAUGUAGAGACAUGUUGUUAGAUUAAAUUGACCAAGGCAACAAAGUAUGACUAUGGCAGAGCGGGAAGGAUAGUAGCAAAGAAGUUUUGGAUUAGUGGUAUUUCUUCAUGGUGGAGCACCCCGACCUGCAUCUGAUAAGCUCAUUGCAACUACUUCAAUUCAUGAUUUGAUUGUCAGAUUACAUGAGAUACUAAGGCACGUAGAUCCUUACUCAUUUGAAUGAUGGGUAAAUCAGGAAAUGCAAUGAAGAGGAUCGGAUACAACCAUGUAGACCUGGAUGAAUAUUUCAGUGGUGGUUCUCAUAAAACUCGGGAGAAGAAGAGUGAGGAAGCAGAAAAAGAGUAGUGUUGAGGAAUAUGAAGCAAAAGAAGAAGUGCCUGAGGAGAGAGUCAUGACAAUUAGAGGUCUGGGCAUUGAAGACAUGAAAGAAGCUGUUGAGCUGUUAGUUUCGCAGCAGAAGGAGCAUCAAUGGCCGAACUCGAGCAGUGGAGUGAUCAUCAUGGAGAAAGAGGCUCCAGGAUACAACUCUCUUACCCCCUUUAAUACACCAUACACACUCCUAUUUACAUUUUCUUGUACUUGUUUAUAAGUCUGACAUUUUCACUAACUAGUAUUAUCAUCAAUUUUAACAUUUGUUCCAGAGAAUUUGUAAAGAAAACAAGUACUGUUAAUUUAUCUUUUGUAUCUUAUUAUACAACGUUUAACU